GAGCGGUCGCGGAGGCAAGCGAUCGCCCCCGCCGUUCACUUCUGUUUCGUUCGGCAUCCGACCAGCCAAGAAACACACGGCUACCUUUGGGGAGUCGUCUGCUACUGUCCAUCAGUAAGUAGCGCGGCAGCCAUGUUGAAGAGGACUUUCGUCUCGCGUUAGAUCUCGUGAAGACGAGAACGUCGGCAACAAGGCAACCGUAGUCGACGAGCACCUUCCAGAAGUCUUCGCCAGCGAACCAGAACGUUUCGGCGGAGUCGUCUCUUCGAUACAACGUCAACAAGUUCGCACCACGCUCACCACUAAACGCCAAGAUGGCGACGGACCACGUGCUCGAGCUAUCGGGGGUCCACUACACGGGGCCUGUGUCCCCUCCCACCUGCUUCCAAGCAUUCACCGGCACCCAGUCACCGCAGCCGCUGCUCAAGGACAUCAGUAUGGAGCUGCACGCCGGUGAAGUGAUGGCCGUGCUAGGAUCGAAAGGCAGCGGCAAGAAGGCCCUGCUCGAGGUCGUGGCCCGGCGGGCCAUGGGUCCGACACGGGGCCAGAUCCUGCUGAACGACGUGCCACUUACGCUGCGCCUAUUCCAGGAACAGUGCGGCUACGUACCCCGACGGUGCUCGCUGGUGCCAGGCGUCACCGUGAGACAGACGCUGCACUUCGCCGCAAAGCUCACAGUCGCAUCCAAGGUGUCCGGAUCCGUCAAGAGAGGAAGGGUUAAGCAGGUGAUGGCGGACCUGGCGCUGAACCAGGUGGCAAACAAGGAGGUCAGCAGCCUGUCCAUCAACGAAUACCGCCGCCUCAGUAUCGCCGUCGAGCUCGUCAGGGACCCUGUUCUCGUGGUGCUAGACGAGCCGACAGCUGAGCUGGACCCGCUCAACACGUACUUCGUCGUCUCAAUCCUGGCCAACCACGCCAAGAAGUACAACCGGCUCGUACUUCUCACAAUGUCGAAGCCGCGCUCGGACAUCUUCCCAUUCCUGGACCGCGCCGCCUACCUCUGUCUUGGCGAGAUGGUGUACACCGGUUACACACGGACAAUGCUGGAGUACUUUCGCAACAUCGGCUUUCCCUGUCCAGAACUGGAGAAUCCACUCAUGUACUACUUGUGCCUUGCCACGGUGGACCGGCGUUCCCGUGAGCGCUUCCUCGAGUCCAGCAGCCAGAUCCAGACGCUGGUGGAGAAGUUCCGCAAUGACGGUGCCCGCUAUAGAAAGGCGGGUCCCCCUUCCGAGCUGGGUGGGAACCACGCCAGCGACGCGGCGCAGUACAAGCUACCGCUGACGGCUUACGGCCAGCCCUCCUGCUGGCAGACCUUCUGGGCCAUCUAUGGGCGGCUGUGGGCCUCGACGUUCAACUGCAACGGACGAGCGUUUGGCCAGUUGGCGUUGCGGUUGGUCCUGAUGCCGGUGCUGUUCGCCGUGCUGUUGCUGUUCUACUUCCCGCUGUCGGGAUACCAGCAGAGCUUCCUGACCCGCAAUGGACUCUUCAUCAGCUGCUUUAUGGCUGCCACGUUCGGAUCUGCUGCCAUCACGGCGCUUACCUACGCCCCUCACAGGACGCGGUACUACCAGGAGAGCAGGGAAGGCAAAUACCGAGGCCCGCUGUUCGUCUUCACCCACACGCUGUUCAGCAUCCCGCUGAGCCUCAUCAGUGUCUUCGCCGGUGCUACCAUCAUCUACGCCGGCACAGGUCUACGUGCCGACUGGCAGCGGUGGGCCACCUUCUGCGGCGUGAUGUGGUGCCUGUACGCCCUCGCUGAGCAGCAGACCGUCGCUCUGAUGAUGGUGGUGCGAAGCUCCUUCUCCGCCUUCCGGUGGUCCGCCUGCAUACUGUCGCUGUGCGCGGCACUGGCCUCCGGCACCGUGCGAAGCCUGGUCGUACUGCCAGACUGGACGUACUAUCUCACGUACGCCACCUUACAGCGGUACGCGGCAGCGUUUGUGCAGCAGAACGAACUGGAAAUGCACCCGGGGCUUGAGAACCUGCCAUCGCUCAACGGCAGCACUUGCGGCCCCAACGUGGACAGUGGCCGCUGCUUCUUCGUCAAUGGGUCGCACUACCUGGGCCACAAGUAUCGCAUGGGACGCGGACAGGCCGAAGUGGACGUCCAGUACUGGCUCAACUUCGGACUGUGCUUCGCAUUCGUGGGCUCCUUCUGCCUCGUCAACGUCAUAUCGCACAUCAUCCCGCUGCCAGCGUCCAUCAAGUCUAAGUUCAGAGACUAGUGCAAUAGCUUAAUCACCGCAGGAGUUCUCCUCUUUUUCUUUAUCACUGAUUGCCAGAAAGGCACAGAAUCGGAAAGAGAUCGCUGAUGAUCAGAACUGACACAGGUGCUUCCCAUGCUCCAACCAGUGCUGAAGUUUCAGCUUACCGUUGUGCAGAAUCUUGACCACUCUGGCAAGUGAGGAUUGCGUAGGCUCUGGUUGCUGCUGAUGAUUGUGGUCAGGUGAGCCUCUUUUGUCGAGCACAGAACUGCCUUGCCAUACCGCUCAGUCGUAAUCUCCAUAUGCCAUCGAUGGGGGAGUGAGAGAAAGCUUCAAUGUCGAAGCCGUCAUAGACGCACCAGCAAGCAACCCACCUUUACAGGCCUUGUUAUCAUCUGCUCUUUCAUUCUGAGUCAUAUGUCAGAAGAGUUCCAAUGCUCGACUAGAAAAGACGAAAUAUCAGUCGACAGAUGUCCAACGCUUAGCCUGGGGAACCUCGACGACAACUACUGUAAUCACCUGAUGAAUGAGUAAUAGUGGUUAAGUACCAACUAAAGGGAAGCGUAGUCAGUAAUGGUAUAUCGCUAGGUGGGUUGACAAAACGAAGAGUGACAUUGAAGAAAUUUGCUGGCAUAUAAGAGAAGCAUCUUGCGCCCGACAGGGUAAAGUCGAGAUCAUUGGUAGAUGUUAUUGUUCAGCACUCUACGAAAUUAAGCUGAGAACGAUGAGCAAAUAACGCUAACUAUAAAUUGCAGAGCCAGCCACAGGCUUAAGAGCAUUGGAAUCUCUUACCUCACAUGUUCUACGCGUAAAAAUGGCCUUACUAAGAGGACAUAAAUUAUUACACUUGCCAUUGACUCACGUGGCAACAGCUUGACUGCUACGCCGGCUGACUUGCGUGGGAGAACUUCGCGCGAUGUUUUCAACGGGAUGAGAGCGUACGUGCUACUUACAGCGUCCGUACGUGCUACUGCGUGGGAACGAAAUUUUUGGCUACUCUCACUUGGAAUUCGUCAGAAGUCACGAAAAAGAUUUCAUGAACUGCCAUGAACAUGUCAACAACUGCUAACAAUUCAUCCUGCUGGACGUUAUUGCAGUGUCUUGUCUCCCGGUCACCAACUGACCAGUCAUCAACAUCGAGCGAAAAAAAAAACACACACAAAAAAGCAACCAGCAAUUUAUAGAAUAUGGCCGCAGUUUACAAUAAAAGUAACAACUUAACACCACCGAUACCUUAAUGACGCAAAAAA